UUCAGAUUCGGUUAAUUACCACUCUUGAUUAAGGCUCUGCCGUAGCCGCCUUGGACGUCUUGCCAUCUUUACCUUGGAACAACCUCUGCACCAUCAUGAAUACGGUCCAGGACCUUAUCGAUGAAGAAAACUGGCAAGAGGCGACAACUUACGUGGUGCAAAAAGGCAAAUAUACAAGCCUCCUGCAACUUCGUCAAGAAGAACAAGACGAAGAAUGUGCAGAAGAAGAAGACCAACGGGUCGUGUAUGGAUUAAUCCUCUCCAUCAAGAAGUACCACGACAACUCCCGGAAACUCCCAUUUCUGCGCCACGGAAAGAUUGUGGCUAAAUACGACCGACUCGUCUUACUGAGAAAACUCAAAACAGGAGAGGCAUUUUACAUAAUCGCGGCAACGCAAGAAGAGGCAUUUCAUUUAUUUAGAUCACCAAAUGUGCCUUACAUCGGCCAAUGGGUGGCAGUUUACGAGCCGCGAUCAGCGGGCAAAAUCCACCAACUGACGAUCUUGGACACUAAUACCUCAUUAGUUCCAUUGGCUCUAUCCCCUAAUACCGCGGAUAUUCGUUUGUCGACGGUGCUGGGAGCUGCCUCGAGCAAGGAACCAGUAAUGACGUUUUUGAUUGAAGUCCCAGCCAGUGACGUGCUUCUAGGAACAGUCGGCUUACCGCCAGCCUGCUCGGCCGUCAUGUGCAACUCCUUGCAUCUGAACGUGCUUGGAAAAUCUUCUGAAAAAUCUGGAAAAUCUUGCCCAGCUCUCGUAGGCGGUCGAACAGAUCAUCGCACGCUAACCUGCAGCGUAACUAUAAAAGGACACAAAAUCAGCAGAUGUCCUUUCAGCAGCGAGACGCUGGCUAAUUUGCUGAUCUCGAAGACAGUCCUGCAGUCGGAGAAAAUAUAUCAAGACCGGGUGAGGGAGGGAGUGAAAAAGCUAUUUAAAAGCUUCGUCGACUCCGACAUCAGCAUCAUUGUAGGAGGCUGGUUCAAGCUGACCGUCGCUCCCGCAGACUCGGACCAGGAUGCUCCGAAGCUGAGAAGGAACGUGCACAUAUCUCUCCUAACUCCAAAAGCACUGCCUGAAGAUUUUCAGCCAAUUUCCAUCGAUCGGGAUAAUAAUCCCGGGAUGACAAUCCCUACUACAGCUCCACAAGCUGAAAUACAUCCGUCCAUUCGGCAACGGAGAAUGCAUGCAUACAUGACGCCGGACAUGACAGCAGAGAGAGCGGAAGACGUCGCUGGACCUAGUCGCCUCCAAAGACCGAAAAUCACACCAGGACAAAUUCUUCUGACAAGUUUCACAACCAGGAGCAGAGACUUGGACCAUGAAGAACAAGCGACUGCUAACGACGAAACAGAGAUAAGUCCUACCCAAUUCCCCCGAAAGAAGCUCAGAAUCUUAACAAGGGCUGUAGUUCAUGAAAAUCAACCUAUGGACAGUGACCCAGAAGAAACCGACACUAACAUCGAGAACAACAGCGAAUAAAUUAUUCCGGAAAGAUAUCACUUAAGGUUUUCCACCAAUUUGUAUUGCACUUUGAUUUGUAGAUUUACUGAUUUUGAAGUCAAAUAAAAAUGGAGGGGUCAUA